CAGGAGAAUAAGCGCUAUAAACCUUCGCGCAUAUAUCAGAAAACGUGGCGCGAGUUGUUCUACUCUUUUCCAUAGGGGACGGACCACCCGACAACUUAUCUGUUAUGUAUAUCAGGCUCUGAGCUUGUGACUUGACGGCUUGGAAGCUCUAAUCGUCGUUUACUGUAUCCUCGAACACAAUCUGCAUCGCCAUCCUCGGUUCUUUUGGCUCCAUAUUAUCGACUGGCCUUGAGCAAUCUGAAAGGCGGCCAUGCCUCCUUUCGUUCUUCGUCGCGGUCAGCCGGGAUUCCUUGAUCGAUAGAACCGAAUUGCAACUAUAGCCUCGCAUAGAUCUAUCCGACUCUUUUUCUCCAGGGCGACAAACUUGCAUUUGGAACAGCAUAGCCACUUGCCGAUAAGGUUUUCUUUUUUUUCACUGUUGGAGGAGCAAUUCAUAACGAAUUUCGUGUCAAGCGACGCAUAAGCUUUCCGACCAAGAAGAUGAACGCACCAUUCGAUUCACGCAGUUUCCUCGGGUUUGCCAUGCUCUUGGAAUCCAUCACAGUAACCAACGCCUUAACGUGAUUAAAUUAUCGUCAUUCAUGAAUUGAGAUCUUUGGCUGCAGGAUAAACGCCUAGAUUGCCUAUGUUCAUUGUCGCAGAACAUUGGCAGGGAUGAAACACAGCGUGCGGCAUCUAACUUGGCAUCACGCCCAGCAUUUCUAAAUCUCGACUCCGACGCAAGCGACACUUAUUUUUUCUCUCUUUCGAAUCUUGUCCUUCCUAUUCUUUCUAGCUGCGCUUAUGUGUGUCUUCUAGGUCAUGGCCGGGACAUGGCGAACUCUAGGCGCUUCAAGAUCGUUGCAGUCUCGAUAGUCCUAAUCAUAAUCUUCGCGAUCACCUUGGACGCAGCACUUCGGCUUCACGCGCCACCGCACAACAUCCUGAAGGUGUCGCAUGCGCAGAAUGGAGGCCCGAACCUUCAAGCCGCGAAGGCCGGAGCGGAACCCCAGCAAAGCGGAACCGGGCAGAUGGGCAGCCCGUCAAACGCGUCGGUGCAAGCAUCAAGCGCGGCGACGCAUGCUCCAACACAUACGACGGGCCUCGAACAAGGUCUGAUCGGCUCGCCGUCGAACACGACAGCCGCAAACGCAACGGCCACAGCACAGGUGUCGGUCUCGAUGCCGUCGUCAAGCAGGAGACCGGAGUCCGACUUGUCCAUCAUCCUAGAAGCGUACGCCGGUUCGGCGGGACCCAAACGCUGUCGCGGCCAGGUGCUGAAGAAGCUCAUCAUUCCGCACCCGGUCUCGCAGUGGCGAUCGGGCGUGUGUGUCAAUCUUUCGGAUCAGGCCCAGUGCGGCAUUUUCUACGCGGGCAAGGAGGAUAACUGCGAGGCGCGACUGUUCAACAUCGAAGGAUGUGAGGACACCACGGACACGUAUGUCAAUACCGUCGUGUUCAUGCCGGAGGUUAGAGCAGUGGGAAGCUUGUGGAGGAGCAUGUUUAUAAGAUGUGGCAUCGACGUGCCAGAGGUCGGUCAACUGGAUCCAAGCAUCCUGGGCGCAGCAUUGAAGUUGCCAUCCGCUCCAAACACGACGUGAUGCUGUUGGCCAAGCA